AUGGCUUCGUUUUUAAAGAAAGAAUCAAUUUUAUCUAGUAACAAACACACAACAACAGUGGUUGUACAUCGUGAUAGAGAUACAACUAAAAAGAGACAGAGAUUUAAUAAUAAUAAUAAUAAUAAUAGAAGAGAGAUGGUGGAUCAACAUACAAUCCCAUUGUUUAACAAUGGCGAGAGAUCAUCUUCAUCUUCCUCACCAUCUGUUACACAAAAAGCUAGUGUAUUUCAACAAUUUAAAAUAUUAAUGUAUAAACAAUUACUUUUAUUGGCAAAAAAUAAAGUAAAUACAUUCCUUAGAUUAACAUUCCCAUUUUGGGUAAUGUUGAUUUGUUUGAUCACUGCCAAGAGUAUCAAUCAAUCUGCUAUCAAUGCUCAAACUAAUAGUACUUUUACUCCAACAAACAUGUUUAUUGAUUAUCAAACAAGAUGUGAUUACACAAUGAUGUAUUCAUUUACAAGUGAAAAUGGAAGUAUUGUAGCAGCAGAUACUGAUAUGUUAAAUUUGAUUGCAGAAUUGUUAAAUUUGGAUGCCGGUGUUGAUUUUGCACCGAUUCCAGAACCCUAUCAAUUACCAACUUCAAUGGCAUCGUUGGUUAGAUACCAACAAGGAAAUCAGGGUCACCAAACCACAGGAUUUGCACUUGUCUACUUUACCUUCACCAAUGAAACAUCGAUCAGAUAUGCAAUGACCUAUUAUGUAAACGAUCAAGAUGUAAAGAAUGGUUUUGUAUUUAUGAACUUUAACAACGAUUAUUACAAUACCAUUGAAACUCAAUACUCUUAUUCUAUUCGUCUCGCCAUUGAAAAGGUUCUCCUUUCAAAACUUACAAAUGGUCAAGGUAGUCUUGGAACAGUUCAAACUGUUAAACCUCCCAGUGCUCUUAGUAAUAUGAAUGAUGAUUAUGCUCCUGUUCCUAUAUUUGCAACAUUUACACCAGUAUUUUUAUGGUUUGUAGAGGAAAAGGAAAGAAAGAUUAGAUCAUAUCUUCGUUUAUUUGGUGUUCAUGAUACUCUCUACCUUGCAUCAUGGUUCUUUGAUGGUUUGUUUGCCACUUUUAUCAAUACGGUUUUGGUUUUAUUUAUUGGUAAUGUUUCCAAAAGUGUUUACUUUUUCGCCUAUGGUAAUAGUUCUGCCAUCUUUAUUACCCUUAUGACCUAUGGUAUUAGUUUAACUGCUCUUGCAAUAUUAUUAUCUUCUUUACUUUCUAGAACUAAAGCUGCUGUAAUUAUAGCAGUAUUAAUAUUUUUAAUUUGUUUAUCAGCAACUAUUGUAUUGGCAACUAUGGGAUCAGUAUUUUAUGGUAUUUAUUCGAAAAAGAUUAAGGUCUAUGCUUGGUUGUUGCUUUGGUUGGUUUUGACGCCAUUGGGAAUCACCAAGAUUUUAGGUGACAUUUCAACUGGUAUUUUGGGAAGUGAUAUUUUCAGUGGAUACAAUGGUGUCUCGAAACUGUCCUAUUAUUCCUGGGACGACUUUGUUGGCAAUCUUCCCUAUGAGUCUGACCGUCAUAUUACCACCACCUAUGCAUCCGUCUCUUAUAUGUUUAUUACAUUGGUCAUCUACCUCGUGUUGGCUUGGUACUUUGACAAGAUCAUCCCAGAUGAUUUCGGAGGUCGUAAAUCCCCCCUUUUCCUCUUCCAAGCAAACUAUUGGUUCCCCAACUCUAGACCAUACCCCAUCAGAGAAUACCAGUUACGUGGAUCUGUCCAAUCACACGACCCAGACGUUCUCAAUGAGGCCAACUGUGUCAAUAUGUCCAAUGUCGACCAUCACGCAUUAAUCGUCAGAAAUGUAACCAAACAAUAUGGUAGCAAGCUUGCAGUCAACAAUCUUAGUAUCAGUGCCGAGCGUGGAAAGAUUGUUGCCCUUUUGGGUCACAAUGGUGCCGGCAAGACCACUCUAAUCAAUAUGGUGUCUGGUCAAACCACAAUGAAUAGAGGUGAUGUAUUUAUCCAAGGUUACGAUGUGGCCACUCAAAUGGACCACAUCCGUUCUUCGAUGGGUAUUUGUCCACAAUUUGAUGUUUACUGGCCCGACUUUUCUGCCCGUCAACAUCUCUACAUUAUGACACUGGUCAAGGAAACUCGUUCCAACAUCAACCACGAUGUUGAUGAAAUUCUAAAAUCCGUUAGAUUGUCUUCGGUUGCUGAUAACCCUGUUGGUAGUUACUCUGGUGGUAUGCGUCGUCGUCUAUCAGUUGCCAUGGCUAUCAUUGGUAAUCCUCAAGUUGUCAUUCUUGAUGAACCUACAACUGGAAUUGAUCCAGCAAAUAGAAGAUAUAUUUGGAGAUUAAUUAAAAGUAUAAAGAAUGAUAAAUUAAUUUUAUUGACGAGUCAUGCAAUGGAAGAGUGUGAUCAAUUAGGUGACAAGAUUAUGAUUAUGGAUCAUGGACGAUUGGUUACAGUCGGUACAUCUUUACAUCUCAAAAACAAGCAUGGAUCAGGAUAUAAACUGCAUUUGGUGUCAUCUGAUCCAGAGAAUACCCAACAUACAGUCCGUGAAAAGUUACCUACUGCCAAACUUAUUCGUAUCAACUCUAACAAUAUUAUUUACUCUGUACCAUCGAUGGAGGCCUUGACACACUUCCUUCGCUACCUCACCGCUCAAAAAGAUCCACACAUUACCGAUUGGCAAAUUCAAAAUACAUCUCUUGAAGAUGUAUUCCUUACUUUGGUUGGUGAAGAAGACCAAAAAAAGAAUAAAUAA